UAAAUAAAUGUUGCCUAGAGACUGAAGAAGCUAAUUCCUUCCUGGCUAGAUAUUACAAAGAUCACCGAGAUUCGGGUCAGCGCUCUGACACAGAGAAAAUAAUGAAUCUUAGCAUUUAUACCUUAAAUCAUGGAAACUAAAUCUCCACCUAGCUCUUCUCAACAUAGGGAACAUCUUGUUGUUAUGGAAACACCUAGUCGCCAACGGUUACGCCCCUGGCUUGAGGCCAAGAUCAAUUCUAAAACGAUCCCUGGACUGUAUUGGCUCGACAAUUCCCAACAGAUAUUCAGGGUACCUUGGAAACAUGGAGGAAAACAUGACUGGCAUGAAGAGGACUCGAUGAUCUUUAAGGAGUGGGCCAUCCACACGGGACGCUAUCGAGAGGGAGUAGAUACCGCUGAUUGGCCCACCUGGAAAACGCGCUUCAGGUGUGCCCUCAACAAACUACCUGACAUCAUGGAAGUUAAAGAAAAAAGUUCCCUGGAUGGAGCAGAGCCUUACAGGGCCUACAAAUUCAUUCCUAGGAGAGAUUCAAGACAGAUAAGAAGUCCACCAGUGCCCAUACAACAGUACACAGCUCCACCAGAGCUGGAACGACCGGUAGAGAUACCUUUACGACAUGAUGAUGAUACUCUUUUGCAUGAAAUUGACCUUAACUACUUCAAUGAAGUCACCAAUAUGGAAACAGACAAUUAUGCUGACAUUCAACAAAAUGGUCAUCCCAGUCAGUUUCAUACCCAUGUUGUUGUCCCAACCACUGUAAGAGAGGAUGCCCCAGUAUCUCCAGCCAUGGGAGAGCUUGUCCCAGUCCAGACAAGCACACAUUUUGUCUCAAACCAUGCAGACCCAGGUCCUCAACAGCCAGAGCCACCAGAUUAUGAAAUGGAUCUCAAGAUGAUGUAUCGCCACUUGGACGUGUAUCAGUCCACCUGUGUUAACCCCACAGGUUGUCGCCUCUUCUAUGGCCAAGAUCCUGAUCUUAUUGAUGGACUUCAGCAGGCUAUGUUUGGGCCAGACGGACUGGAGCAUAUAUGUUUCCCUCCAUGUGCCCAGAUAUUAAGAAACCAGAAACAAGUGACAUUGACCAAUCAGCUGCUGAACGCCCUUGACCGAGGAAUCAUCCUGGAAUGUGAGAGUGGCAGUAUAUAUGCCACCAGGAAGUGCAAGUGUGUUGUGUUUGUUUCCUCGCCAUCUUUUAAUGAUGGUAAGCCUACCAAACUCCAGCGCGAUGUAAAAACCCUCAUCUUCCAUUACCAGGAGUAUUUUGAACCAAUGUUAAUCCGCUAUCUCACUGGCCUCUCCAACAAACCCUCUCCUGAAGUUUUGUUUGGAUUUGGCCAGAACUGGCGACCAAACGACCAGCCUCUGAGUAAUCUACUGAUAGCAGCUGUAGUUGGCUGUAGUAAAGCCAGGCAUAAGAUAUCACAGAUCAGCUUUGUGAGUCCCGAAUCAAUGCCAAUGGAAGUAUCCAAAUCUGAUGACCUGGACAAGUAUUUGAAUUAUGCCAAAAUACAGCAGUGUGUAAAUGAUAACUGAAAUGACAACACAUGGAGUCCUUUUGCAUCAAUUAAUGAUUGUAAAAAUCAAUCUGUAAUAUUUAAACUACUGAACAGUCUCAAAUUGUAUUGAUCAUCAGUCGAAGUUUUGACAUAAAUGUGCCAUGAAUUACCUUCAAUAACUACAAUCACAUUUCACAGAAAUGAUUUAAAUUACUGUUGUGUUUAUUUUAUCAAGUUAUACAGGUUUUUUCUUGUCUGAUCAUCUUCCUGAAAAUCAUCAUCAUCGUCGUCAUCGUCGUCAUCGUCAUCAUCACCAUCAAUCAUCAUCAUCUUAUAUAAUGUUGGAAACUGUAAAAAAAAA